AUGUCAGGAGGGUUAGGAUCAACAUGUACAGAUGAAGACAUAAGAGCUCCAAAAUCAAAAGAAUCAGAAACACAAAACCUACAAAUGAAUUCAACCUUACCAGCAAAAGCACCAAAAACCCAUAGAGGAAUCCUGUCAUUCAGACAACUAAAUGCAUUAGCAAUAGCAAUAGUACUCUCAGCAACAGGUAUGGUAAGCAUACAAGACAUCGCUUUUGUAGUAUCCUCAAUAUUCUACAUGCUUUUCUUAUCAAAAUUUGCAUUUCCUUUAUCACCACCGUCCACCGAGAACACACCAAUAUUCUCACCGGCGAAAAACAAAAUCUUAGCCGUUUAUGUAUCCGUUGGUGCACUUAUUGGUCUACUGUUGCCGAUUGUGUAUAUCUUUCACGGGAUUUAUGAAGGUGAUAAAGAAGGUAUCAAAGCAGCUGUGCCACAUGUGUUCCUUUUGUCUAGUCAGGUGUUUAUGGAAGGGUUUGCGUUCUCGAACCGGUUUUCGAUACCGAUUCGUGUGUUUGUGCCUGUUUUUUAUAAUGCUAUGAGGAUUUUGACAAUUAUGGAUUGGUUGAAAGCUGAGAUAUUUAAAGAAAAUGAAGGGUUUGGUAAAGGGUCUGAAUGGAGGUUGUAUGUUGGCAGAGGUCUUGGUGUUGCUAAUAUGGCGUUUUGGAGUUUUAAUUUGUUUGGGUUCCUGUUGCCCAUCUAUUUGCCUAGGGCUUUCAAGAGAUACUAUGGAGCUAAGGAAGGUCAGGAUUGA